AUAGCUAUCUUCUACCCCGUGUGAUCUAUACGACACUCAUUGUGCAAAAAUCCGUCGAACCAGUUAGAUGUCAUGGGCGCGCUACUUCAAUUUCUGUUAACGACUGUGUUCGUUGCGUUGGUUUUCUCUCAAAACGAUUUACAAGAAGAAUUUCCACCCGGAUGGACGGAAAAAUGUAUUGGAUGCAUGUGCGAAGCGUCUUCUGGGUGCAAUCAAACACUCGAAUGCAUAGAACAAAAUGAUGUUAAAUAUUGCGGUGUGUUCUUGUUGAGUGAUAUUUAUUGGCAAGAUGCUGGUACGCCCGUGCUUCAAGGAGAUGAUCCUAACCGAAUUGGAGCGUUCGAAAGAUGUGUCAGAGAUCCGUAUUGCGCAGCGAGAGCCGUAAAUCAGUACAUUCAAAGAUACGCAAAGGUAUUGGAUUUUAUGAGAUGAGAGCAACAUAAUAACUGUUUUAUGUAAAAAUACAAUUUUUUAAUAAUUUUUUCGUCCUGCUCGAGUUACAAAUCUAUAAUACACAACUAUAUUUUUAAUACGCGUGCGAUAUUCGAUCAACAGACCUAUCAUAGAGAAAGACCCACACGUGGUCUAACGCAUUAAUUAUACUUUUCAGAACCAUUAUACCCAAUAUCAUUAUGAUAUUAUCGUUUUUAUUAUAGGUAUCUCGUCCCACUCAUACUAUAUUUAUCAUUGUUCAAACAUUUUUCGGUUCAAUUUUUGUAGUUGAGUUAUUGUGUUGUUUUGAAACGCCCAAUUAUAAAAAAAAAAACAUUGUCAAUAUACCUUUUAAUCGUAUAAAUAAUGAGUAUAACAUAUAUUUUCUGGUGUAUAACAGUGUAUUAGCAUUUUCUAUAAUAUCUACAACAUAACAGUUGUAUAACGUAUUAUUAAGUGCGUUUAAUUAAAAUUAUUUCCUUAGACGUUGUUCCUCAAUUUAUUUAUCCGCAAUUCGCACAACAUAUACACAUUCUAUAUCAGAUGCUUGUGUAUAUAUUGCAGACUUAUAUUUAUAUCAGGCAAUGUUUUUAAAAGAGCUUCCUGUUUAUAAAAACGUUGAUUUUUAUUAAUAGAA